AUGAGUAAAAUCCCUCAACAGCUCUUGGAGAACAGACGUAUAAGGGAUACACAGUGGCAUAACGCGCCCAGCUCAAUUAAACUAGGAUUAGGAUGGAUAUGCGCGUAUUUGCUGAUGCUCCUGGUUUGCCAGAUACCCGAACUUUCUUUGUGUGCAAGUGUGGCGGGAUCCAAAGUUGAACACGAAGGACUUUGUCCUAACAAGCUCAACUCCAAUCUCUGGGUUGAUGCGCAAAGCACCUGCGAGAGGGAAUGCAACGUCGAUGAGGACUGUGCUGACUUUGAGAAAUGCUGCACCAACGUGUGUGGCCUCAACAGCUGUGUGGCCGCACGUUUCUCUGAUGGCACCCCAGCACAGCCUGAUGGGCAGGGUGGAGGAAAAGGAGAUGACGCCCCCACCUCCACAGCUACCUGUGAGGGCUUUAUCUGCAGCCAGCAAGGGGCAACCUGUGACAUUUGGGAUGGGCAGCCCAUCUGCAAGUGUCAGGACCGAUGUGAGAAAGAGCCCAACUUCACCUGUGCUUCAGACGGCCUCACCUAUUUCAACCGCUGCUACAUGGAUGCAGAGGCCUGCAUCCGUGGGGUGAGUUUAACCGUGGUCACCUGUCGUUUCUACCUCGCCGGGCCCCACACCAGUCCACUGCCUCAGGACACUACGACUCAUCCCACACCAACAUCCUCCCAGGAGGACCCCAUGCCCCCGACACUGUACUCCAACCCUCACCAUCAGUCCAUCUACGUAGGCGGUACGGUCAGCUUCCACUGUGACGUCACUGGAGUUCCCAGACCUGAUGUAACAUGGGAGAAACAGAGUGAACGGCGAGAACGGCUGGUCAUGAGACCUGACCAGAUGUAUGGCAACGUGGUUAUCACCAACAUUGGACAGCUUGUUAUUUACAACGCUCAGGUGUGGGAUACAGGUAUUUACACCUGCAUCGCACGGAACGCUGCUGGAGUUCUCCGUGCAGACUACCCGCUGUCUGUCAUCCGCCGGGCUGAUGAUGAUUUCUUUGAGGAUCCUGAGAUGCCCAUGGGGAGACCGUUCUCGCCAGCAGACUGCCUGGCUGAAGUAGACCUGAGAGUGUGCAGUGGAGAGCGUCAUGUGGACUGGUAUUAUGAUAGCAAGCUGGGCUCCUGCAUGGCCUUCAGCAACGGUGGAUGUGACGACAGUCGCAACCGAUUUGAAACUUAUGAGGAGUGCAAGGCCUCCUGUCAGAGAGAGGGAAUGGGCAUCUGCUCCCUGCCUGCUGUUCAAGGCCCCUGCAAAUCUUGGGAGGCACGUUGGGCCUGGAAUUCCCUCGUGAAGCAAUGUCAAGCCUUCGUCUACGGUGGCUGCCAUGGGAAUGCUAACAGCUUCCGCACCAAAAAAGAGUGUGAAGCAAACUGCCCACAACCCAAAAGGAAACCUUGUAAAACCUGUAGGGUGAAGGGGAAAAUGGUGCCCAGCUUAUGCCGCAGUGACUUUGCCAUUGUGGGGAGGCUGACAGAGCUGGUGGAGGAUCUGGACUCUGGGUUAGCCCGCUUUAGUUUGGAAGAGGUCCUGAGAGAUGAAAAGAUGGGACUGACUUUCUUCAAUACCAAACACCUGGAGGUGACUAUCACCAAGAUAGACUGGAGCUGCCCCUGCCCCAACAUCACCAUGGAGGAAAACCCUUUGCUGGUGAUGGGUGUGGUGCAAGACGGCAUGGCCAUAAUCCAAUCAGACAGCUAUGUCAGAGCCAUAACUGAACGCAGACUCAAGAAGCUUCGAGAGGUUCUGGACAAAAAGACCUGCAAGGCAUAA